CGGUAUUGGUAUCGACCCGUCCAUCCGUGGAACCUGUUCUCCGGUUCGCGUUGCACAGCCGGCCAGCAGAAUUCGUUACUACCGAGGAUGCGCUCUCUGGGAGCUGGUACUUUUUGGGCGAAGCGCCCUAAUAACGAGCGAAAAAAACAGACGUUUGCAGCCGCCACCUUUCAACCGAUGUGGUUAACAUCCGGAACGAUGUAGGAGACUCCAACGGAAGCCUUCGUCUUUUGUUCCAUAUUCCUUCCAUUUAGGCAGGACUCCACCAGCAGACUGAAGGCCUUGGCUUGGAGGAACUAUCGGUGACAAGAGAGAGUCAACAGAAAAUGUCCACCGUGGUUAAAAUUGGUUUAUAACUCACAUUUACUCAGAGUUGAGCGGAGAUUUGUCUUUCCUCCUCGCCGUGUGACCAUGCGAAGAAUUCGGCUCUUCGUAGAGGAAUGUUCCGCUCGCUGGAGUUAGCUUCAUGGCCAACAGUAACAACAUGCUAGUGGCCUCCGCCGUGGUGGUGUGGGAAUGGCUGAACGAACACGGGCGGUGGCGACCCUACAGCUCCGUCGUCUCCCAUCAAAUCGAGGCGGCCAUUCGGAGCGGAGACAUCCGCGGGGGGAGCGUCAUUCUCGGCCAGGUGGAGAGUCGACUCUCGCCCUACAUCAUCGACCUCCAGUCCAUGCACCAGUUCAGACAAGACACAGGCACUAUCCGUCCGGUGAGGAGGUGUUUUUAUGACCCGGCCUCAGCCCCAGGACAGGGCUGGCAGUGGGAGUGGGAAAACGAUGCCGGUUCAUGGACACCCUAUGAUACAGAGGUGGCCAUCGCCAUCGAGAACGCUCAUAGCCGCCAGCAACCCUGCCUUGACCUGACACCUCUUGGUUUUUGCUACCUCAUUGAUUUGCAGAAUAUGACACAGGUCAAUAGACAGAGCCAGAAGUGUCGAAGGAUUCAGCGACGGGUUGACAUGGUCUACCCGCUCGUGUCUGGACCUCUCCCAUUCUCAAAAGGGGGGAGUGUAGGUGGAGGAGGGCUAACGGGUGCUCUGCUCGGUGUUGGAGUAUCAGGGGCCAGCAUGGGAACUGUAAGCUCUGUUUACCCGAACGGGGGCAUUAUGACAACUGGACUGGGCCAGCCUUGUUCCUGCCAGCAAUGCAUGCUCGUAUUUAGUGUCAAAACAAACACGGGGGGGACAGGAGCAGGGAUACAAACUCUCGGUAGACGCUCAUUAACCAUGCAGCGGCCCAAGCACUUGGCAUCCACCACCUUCAAACCCCUGAAUCCAUCAAAAUCAGCCACUCUUGGCAGAGGACAGCACCAGAAGUCCAACACUUACCAAACGCUGCCACAUGGCCUUGCCAUCUCUAGAAACACUGCGUCUCCAAAAAGGAAUUCCCAGCUGUUUGCCCAGUCCCUAGCUGCCCUCACAGCAGGGACCUCCACGCUGGGUAUCUCCUCAUCUUCAAAUAGGCCGCCUCCUCCGUCCCUCCCACCACCUCAGCCGCCAUCAUCCAACAUGACUGUUAACCCUUUGUCCAUUCCAACCAAGCAUUCCUCAUCUUCAGCUAAUGAAUCAGUGCCAACUGCCACAUUAAUUACUCCAGCCAGCGGUGUGACCACUCCCCCAUCCCCUGUGCCAUCUCCGUCGCCGUUGGUGAUGAAGCCGCAACGUGCACCAUCUGCAGCUAAAGUGUGCCAUGCCCCGCUACCACAGAGAUCAAGUUUAGCUGGGCUGAGUCGACCUGCAUUGCAAAGGAUCGCCAUGGCUCAGUCAAGAGCACUGAUAGCAUCAGGUGUUCCCACUGUGCCCGUGAAGAACCUCAAUGGAUCUAGUCCUGUUCACCCUGCGUUGGCCGGAAUCACCGGCAUCCUGAUGAGUGCUGCUGCUCUGCCUGUGUGUCUUACCAGGCCGCCUAAACUGGUACUGCACCCUCCACCUGUCAGCAAAAGUGAAAUUAAACCAGUGCCAGGCUUUGGCCACUGUUGCAGAAAGACCACCAAGAAGCAGGCUCGUAAGGGUAAAACUCCAGAGGAGGUGGUUAAAAAGUACCUGCAAAAAGUAAAGAAUCCACCAGACGAGGAUUGCACCAUAUGUAUGGAACCCUUAGGGGGUCCAUCUGGAUACAAAGGUCCAGGUGUGGGACCCGUUUCCAGGGCAGAGUCUGUUGGGCGUCUUGCACAGUGUGGACACCAAUACCAUUUCCAGUGUCUGGUGGCCAUGUAUAAUAAUGGAAACAAGGACGGCAGUCUUCAGUGUCCCACUUGUAAAACCAUAUAUGGUGUAAAGACUGGUAGCCAACCAGCAGGGAAAAUGGAGUACCACGUCAUCCCUCACUCACUACCAGGUCACCCGGACUGCAAAACUAUACGCAUCAUCUAUAACAUCCCGCCAGGCAUUCAGGGACCAGAGCAUCCGAACCCAGGGAAGCCCUUCACUGCCAGAGGCUUCCCAAGACACUGCUACCUCCCAGACAGUGAGAGGGGACGUAAGGUACUGAGGUUGCUUCUGGUAGCUUGGGACCGCAGGUUGAUCUUUUCAGUCGGGACUUCAAGCACCACAGGAGAGUCUGACACUGUCAUAUGGAACGAGGUCCACCACAAAACAGAGUUUGGCUCCAACCUGACAGGUCAUGGCUUCCCCGACCCUGGGCACCUAGACAAUGUUCUGGACGAGCUCCGCGCUCAGGGCAUCACAGAGGACGAUGGAUUGACAGAAAAGUGAACGGAAGAGGAAGACCAGCAGAUGUGAGGCUAGUAAUGAUGCAAAAGAGUAGAAGAUAAUGAAAAAGAAAGGGGAAGAGAAUUUAUAGAAAUUAUAGAAGCAAAAAGUGACCAAGACCACCUGCCCGAAUUUAAAGGGUGCUGGAGAACAUUUGUUUUUUUAAAUUAACCACUUUUUAAAACUUUUAAUUUAGUUAAUAGUGGUUUGCCUGUCAUUCCAAUCCUGUAUUGUGUUUUUGGGUGUAAUCUUUAGAAUUUGAAGUCUCAAUGAAGAAAUGAGUGUCAAUCAAAGGACGCCACUAAAAACAAAACAAAAAAUACAGCAUGAGGAAGGAGGGCACAUUCUGUUUUGGCUGCUUCGCAACAAGGUACUAACUUUACACACAGGUAUGUGAGACUGAAACGGUACCAAUAAUAACAAUAAAUACAAGUUUACUUUACUGAGUGAAAGGAGAAGAUUGUAAAUGGCUUAUCCAAAAUUGGGAGAGAGAAAGGAUCAAGAGAGCGAUUUCUUCAGUAGGGGAGGGAACUGUCGAAAUAAUGUGGCAGUCAGAGAGAGAGAGAAGGUUUGUGAAUGUAGUGUAGGAUAGGAGCUGAGUAGAACUAACUUGUAUGCUACUUUUACAGGUGCUAUCACCACAAACUCAUGAUGAACCUUGGUACUUUUUUUUGUAAUAUUUCUUCUUCUAUUGGUUUUCAUGUCGGGCUACAUCCAGCCUGUAAGCAAAUGAAAACGUUUUAUUUCUUGUCACUGUAAUCCUCGUUCAACACUGUUAUGUACCGGUAACUUUUAUUCACAUUUGUAUGGUCUGAUGUCACACAGUGGAGCCUGUAGGAGUAAAUAAGUCCAAGGAGCAUGUAUUUGCAUACAUGUGAUUGUUUUGAAACAAGGUUUACAUGGUCUUAAGACAUCACGUGUACAAAUCUGGACAAAAUACUAAAACUGGGGCGGAGGACACUAGAUUUGUGGAAGGUAAACCAUAGUGAUGGGUGAAACGAUACAGAAGCACUAGGAGUGAUACAGUGUCCCUUGAUACCUCGGUGUGUGUGUGUGUCACUUUAAAAAUCAUGUGGCCGAUACAGCUGCUGUGUUAUUUGACUGCAAAAGCGCCAGACUGUUUCUCAGAAGGCGCUUUUUACCGUUAUCAAUCAAAAUGGAACUGAGAAAAAGUUCAGAAAAGUGCCAUAAUUUUACUUUUACAAAGCCAAAUAAGGUCAAUGUUCUUCUUUUCCAGUUCACUAUUUGGCUCAUUGACCAGAGUUGCGCAUUUCAUAUUCCUUUCUGCACAGCUAUUCGUUUAAAAAUAAACAUAUUAUAAUUGCUAACUAUUAAUUUUAUUUGCAUGUCAAAUGUAGUGACUUUUUUUUAAAUCCAGCAGAUGGCGCCAUCACAGUAUUAGGGCAUUGUCAAUACAACCAGUGUAUGCCAACGACAUUUACUAGUGCCAGUAACCAGAUUGUAAGUAAAGCAUUAAAAUGCAACAACAAGGAAAAGAAGAUAGUAAAAAAAAAAAAAACUAUCUAUAGAAAACAGGCUGGUCAUCAGCUAGUCAAAAGUUUAGGUCUGGCUGUCAUGUCAUUUUCUGUUAAAUACUCUAAUGACCCCCCGAUGCAAAAGUGAAAAAUAUUGUUGAACCCCACAAGCUUGCUGCAGAUGUUGAAAGAUGUAAGAGUGGGAAAAAAACAAAUAUUACCUCAAAGUCGGAGGAUAAAGACACGGGCCGAUCUUUGACUCAAAUUAAGGCCCUUUAGCCUUUACGGGUGCUGACUUCCGGCCAAUGAUAAUAAUAUGACAUCACACACUAAAAUAUGAAGACACUGUGAUGGUAAAUAUUUCUGAUAUAAAAAAUGUGAGUGGACUGCAUUCUAAAAUUAUUUAAAACUUGUGAGCGUGAAAGGUUUCAAACUGGAAAAACAAAAUACGAAACAUGUUUGUCUUUUAAGCUGAAUCCCAAUUCUCCCUUUAACUUUCCCUCCUUUGUUUCACUGCCAGCCCUCGUCUCUUGAAACCGAGCCAAGGCUUAGCGGUGGAAAACACGCUCUAAGAAAUUACACGCUGUUCAUUUCUCGAUACGUCGUCACCUCUAGCCGCUUGGUGGCUGUUAUUAUUAUUAGACUGAUAAAAAACAAAUGUCACGGUAUUCAGAAGCUACAAUAGGUUUGUUGCAGUCGUCCCCCCUUUAUCGCUGUUUGUUGUUUCCUGACCCGUUGGUGAUAAGUGAAUUUACUCUAAUAAUAACAAUAAUAAGUUAGCUUUAAAUAUUUUUUUUUUCUAGUGACCCAAAGCAUAUGUAAGUGGAAACGAAUUAUUCAUUUAGUCCACACACUAUAUGGUGGUGGUAAGCUACAGUUGUAGCCACAACUUCCCUGUAAGACUGACAAAGUAAGCAAAAAGUAAGAAUUAUUAUUUUCUGAAUAGAGCAUUAACAUUUUUUAACAUUAUUUAAAACCUCUGGAAAUGAAAUAACACCCUUAUGAUCACCUUUACACUUGUUUACCCAGUACAGUAGCCAUAAUAGAAAAUAAGACACAUACUGUACUGUAAUACAUAUAAGACAUAAGAUACUGUACAGUCAUAUACUGUAGAUUCUCUCACACCCAGUUCUCAAGCACAACCACGAACCUGUGAAAUGACUGCCUUCUGUUUGAUUAGGAUCUGCAGUGCAUCUAACAUUUGUUAUUUUAAGUUAAUUUAGGCUUAUUUAUCCUUGAACAUUUUUAAAUAUGCACAUUUUUGACUGAUGCGCGGCCAUAGUUAAAUACAAAAUAGCGAGGAAUCAUGUUGGGAUUUUCUUAAUAAACAUAUAGUACAGGCCAAAAGUUUGGACACACCUUCUCAUUCAAUGCCUUUUCUUUAAUUUCAUGACUAUUUACAUUGUAGAUUGUCACUGAAGCCAUCAAAACUAUGAAUGAACACAUGUGGAGUUAUGUACUUAACAAAAAUAGCCACCAUUUGCUCUGGUUGCUUUUUCGCACACUCUUGGCAUUCACUCUGAGCUUCAAGAGGUAGUCACCUGAAAUCAUAUUCACUUCACAGGUGUGCUUGAAGCUCAUCAAAAGAAUGCAAAAGGUGUGCAAAGCAGUAAUCAGAGCAAAAGGUGGCUAUUUUGAAGAAACUAAAAUAUAAAACACAUUUUCAGUUAUUUCACCUUUUUUUGAUAAGUACAUAACUCCACAUGUGUUCAUUCAUAGUUUUGAUGCCUUCAGUGACAAUCUACAAUAUAAAUAGUCAUGAAAAUAAAGAAAACACAUUGAAUGAGGAGAAGGUGUGUCCAAACUUUUGGCCUCUACUGUAUUUGGAAAAACAGUGAUGGAGUGAAAAGGCGCGAAGUGACGAAAGAUGACUUUAGUUGUGUUGGGUCGUCGAAACGAGCGAUUUAAAAAAAAAAAAAAAAAAAAAAAAAAAAAAAAGGAAGUAGAUUAGCAGUCUAAUCAUUUAUGACAUAUAAUCAACUCUGGCUAAGUCUGUUUGCUGCUAAUCAAACACUGUAGCUACAGCCAACAUUCUAAACGUGGAUAAUGUUCAUUCUGAAAGUAAAUUAGCUGUCUAAUCAUUCAUGAAAUAGUAAACUGGAGUGAAGUCUGGUGCUUGUCUGAUAGCAUUGUAAGUAGAGAUGUCUGAUAAUAUCGGACUGCCGAUGUUAUCGGCCGAUAAAUGCUUUAAAAUGUCAUAUCGGAAAUUAUCUGUAUCGGUUUCAAAAUUAUCUGUAUCGGUUUCAAAAAGUAAAAUUUAUGACUUUUUAAAACUCCGCUGUGUACACGGACGUAGUCACAUAAUAUCUACGGCUUUUCACACACAAGUGAAUGCAAUGCAUACUUGGUCAACAGCCAUACAGGUCACACUGAGGGUGGCCCCCCCCCAACCACGCCCACCUCAACCUCCUCAUGCUCUCUCAGGGAGAGCAUGUCCCAAAUUCCAAGCUGCUGUUUUGAGGCAUGUUAAAAAAAUAAUGCACUUUGUGACUUCAAUAAUAAAUAUGGCAGUGCCAUGUUGGCAUUUUUUUCCAUAACUUGAGUUGAUUUAUUUUGGAAAACCCUGUUACAUUGUUUAAUGCAUCCAGCGGGGCAUCACAACAAAAUUAGGCAUAAUAAUGUGUUAAGUCCACGACUGUAUAUAUCGGUAUCGGUUGUUAUCGGAAUCGGUAAUUAAGAGUUGGACAAUAUCGGAAUAUCGGAUAUUGGCUAAAAAGCCAUUAUCGGACAUUUCUAAUUGUAAGCUUUAAAAACAACGUUCAAAACAUGGCAAUAUUUACUUGGAGGAGCAAAUAAUGGAAUACCUAAUAAAACAUGUCCAUAUUAAAUUUUAUAAUGUUACAUUUACACGCUUGUUGCCAUUUUGUCAGCCAUGUUGUGAUGGGAACUUAAAACAACACUUGGUUGCCAGUGUGUUUGGGACCACUCCUUGUUUGGAGGAUUAUACACCCCUUGGCAUUUAGCCCUUCCCUAGGGUAUUGGGACACCCCUUGCUCGACGAAAAGGGGAAAAAGUGGGAUUCAGCCUAAGAAAAGUAAAACUUGGGAAUUCAUCCACUCUUUUUGUGUCAUCAGAUAAUAAUAAUGUAUUAGAUUUAUAUAUUAUCCUGCACAUGUUUUCAUGAUCAUUUUGUCCUCAAUCUCAUGGCGAUAUUGGAGACUGAGCUUUUUGCUUGAAACGCUCCUUGUCGUCUUUAUCUAUUUCUCUAGCAAGUGAUGACUCGGGUCAGUGAAUGGACCUUUAUCUUAAGUUAAAGUUAAGUUAAACUUUAACUUUAUCUUUGUGUUUUUAGCUCAUGUGUGUAUGAUGAGUGUGGCCAGAGAAAUGUGUAUACUCUACACACACUCCAAGUUAAGAGUAUUAGGUACUGUACUUCUAGAUUUUCAGCACUAACAACAUCAUUGGGAAAUUUGUAUAAUAAUUGAACAACGCUCUGAUGUCAACCAACCACUCAAGUCAUAGUCUUGUUAUUGUUACUAAAAAAGUGCCCGCUUAAACCGAUGUCUUGCAAAAGUGCUCACCCCUUUGGAGGUUUUGGCCUUUUAUUGCUUAAUAUUUUUGCGAGGCACUGUACAAAUUUGGGAACCAAAAUGUGUACGUGUAAAAGCUUUAUUGUCAUUGCAGAUGUAAAAAAUGACAACAAAUUCGCCACAGCGCCUUUUGAGAUAAGAGUAUAAAAUACAUGAAAAUAGAAGAAUCAAAGUACAAUUAGAAAAGCACAGAGAGAGUGCAGACCUCCGCCAGGCCCUACUUUCCAAUAGUAAAAAAAAAGUUGGGGAUCCGGAUCAGCCCUAAAAGGUACCGUAUUUUUCGGAGUAUAAGUCGCUCCGGCCGAAACUGCAUAAUAAAGAAGGAAAAAAACAUAUACAAGUCGCACUGGAGUAUAACUCGCAUUUUUUGGGGAAAUGUAUUUGAUAAAACCCAACACCAAGAAUAGACAUUUGAAAGGCAAUGUAAAAUAAAUAAAGAAUAGUGAACAACAGGCUGAAUAAGUGUACGUUAUAUGCCGCAUAAAUAACCAACUGAGAACGUGCCUGGUAUGUUAAUGUAACAUAUUAUGGUAAGAGUCAUUCAAAUAACUAUAACAUAUAGAACAUGCUAUACGUUUACCAAACAAUCUGUCACUCCUAAUCGCUAAAUCCCAUGAAAUCUUAUACGUCUAGUCCCUUACGUGAAUGAGCUAAAUAAUAUUAUUUGAUAUUUUACGGUAAUGUGUUAAUAAUUUCACACAUAGGUCGCUCCUGAGUAUAAGUCGCACCCCCAGCCAAACUAUGAAAAAAACUGCGACUUAUAGUCCGAAAAAUACGGUAAUCACUUGUUCCUUAUACCAUUAUGGACAUUUUCUGAAAGUGUGAGGAAAAUUUGCCUUAAAUAUUUUGAACUUGCUAGGAAUUGAAUAAACUGAAUGAAGCCUGUUGCCUGUCUCUGCUGUGUUUAUUGCAUAAAUACAAACUUAAACGUAAUAUCACCAAGCAGAAAUAUUCCAGAUCAGGCCCAAAAUCUAAUCAAUUAUUCUUUAUCCUUCUUCUAGCAUUUCCUGAAACUUUCAUGAAAAUCCGACGAAUAACGUGUUGGCUAUAGUGCAAUGAAAGAAAUGGAGUCUCCGCUGUUUUUUUCUCUCCAUGGCCGCUAUCUUACUCAAACAGAACUUGAAGCUCAUAGCGUAGUAGGCCAAAAAUCUUGAAAGUUUCGUGAAAAUCCGCCUAUAACUUUUUACAUUUCUUUGACAACUAACAAACAAAAGAUGACAUAAAACGAGCGGCUUUGACAUAGAAAAUAACAGGUUCCACUGUAUUACAAUGAUGAUGGUCCUCUCUGUAUGGUUACUCAUUUGAAUAGGUUUAAAAAAUAGACCCUUUCUCUAUGAUAGUAUUACCCUAACAUGAUCAUAGUGUUAAUAGCUUUUGUUGUCAAUUUACUGUGUAUUCUUCAUGUGUUUUGUUUAUUGCAAAAUGUUUUUAUUUACCAUUUAAAUGGCAUAUGUAAUGCUGAUUUUAAACAUGUUUUCUCUGAAAUAGGGGAUUUAAUGGUACGCCCUCAUUUGAGCAUUCUUGUAUUUUGUCAUAUAUAUUGCUCUGACGACCCAAACACUGUACAAUUGCUUCUGGAAACUGCUAAUGCUGUAUCAUCAGUAAAUGACUUUGAACUAUGGACAAUGUUAGAAGACUGGCUACUGAUCCAUAUUGUGCAGUGUUUGAACAAUGUGAGCAAUAACUCACCAUCCGACUUGUGUUCCUCCUUUGAAAGCAGAUUGAUUCCCACUCGGAGUUCCUCCAGAAGACAAUAGCACAUCUUUUUGUGAGCCCUUUGGGAUUGUGCCUGUUUUUUGAUAGGACAACGGGAAAUGUGUGGUACGAAGGGCAAUGUGUAACAGAAAAUGCUGGAGUAAGACUGAUUAAUACACAUAAAAUAAACAAUGAACAAAACAGCUGUCUGUUUCUCUGUGCUAUAUAAGUAAGGAUGCAUCAAGUAAUAAGAUUAUACAAAACCAGUAAAGUUGGCACGUUGUGUAAAUCGUAAA